UUUAGGGUUAACAGUUAGUAUUGCGGAGCCUUCCCCGUCAUCGCUGUAUCCAGACCUUGCUCGAGAAAUUUGUUGCUGAGCCCGCACCGACCACAGGGUUUUUUAAGUGCGGGGGUUUGAUUCUUGGAGGAGGGGAGCUAUGGCAGCGCUCAGCAUCCGCAGGGGCAACGCUCGACUUCCGCCUGAAGUGAAUCGGGUGCUGUAUGUGCGUAACUUGCCGUUUAACAUUUCUUCGGAGGAGAUGUAUGAUAUCUUCGGAAAGUAUGGCGCUAUCCGGCAGAUUCGCAUCGGCACUAACAAGGACACAAGGGGGACCGCGUUUGUUGUGUACGAGGAUAUUUACGAUGCCAAGAACGCCGUGGACCAUUUGUCCGGGUUCAAUGUUGCCAACCGCUACUUGAUUGUGUUGUAUUACCAGCAGGCGAAGAUGUCCAAAAAGGUUGACCAGCGGAAGAAGGACGAGGAGUUGACAAAGCUGCAGGAGAAGUAUGGCGUGAAACCGGAGUAGUUCAUCUUGUUGCGGUAAUUGGAAGAGUAUUGUACUGGAUUCCGUGAUGUCCAACUCCACUUUGAUAUCAAGAUUGACAAAAGAUAGUACGGUUCGUGAGGGGAAAAUCAUCAGAUAGCUAUACCCAGAUUUUUAUUUCAUGCGAAAACUUAAUAGUUAGCAACUGGGAAGUGGCUGUAAGAAGUGGCCAGGCUGGCUCAUUUACACUGUAAUAUAAUGACUUGAAUCUCAGCUGAUUUCAUGCGUAA